AAUCGUGUAAUGUGUUUUGUACUAGUGACGUGAUGCUGAACCAUUUCUUCUCGUAUUUAUUUUCUAACGUUUGUUUGUUUGUUUAAAAGGCAUAACUGUGAUAGUGUUAAGUUAAUUUUUGUGCAAUGUGUUAUAAUCAGUGAACUUGAAUGAUUACUCAUAAUAAUUCAUUGCAGUCGUAAAACGUGCACGUGCAUUCUGUUUAACCUGUUCAAUGGCGGUGAUAGGAUUUCAGCCGUUUUCAUCAGCUCGAAGAUGCAUAAACUAAGACGACAACGAAGGAAGAAUAAGUGAAUUAUGAAACAAAUUGUGUUCCAAUACGAAAGUGACAGUUGAACAUUUCUUCUCCCGACAUCUCAAAAUCUGCUGUUACCAUUCAUCGUGGUCCAGCACUUCCAUCUUGCAGGAACUUCGAAAGGUCGGCAUGAGACGCGCAUCGUACACGCCCUUGCCUUCCCAGGCUCCUGCCGAACCUCUCAUCGUUGUGGAAGAGUCCGGCGGUACGGAUGACGAGGAGGCGUCGAGCAGAGAAUCAUCGCCACCUCUGGCGCACCCGGGGCUGCUCUCCCCCUACCGCGACAUGAGGAAGCAUUCUCUGCCUACCCCGUCCUGCGCCUCGGGUAUCACGGCCAGUCAGGUGCGGCGCCUGUCGGAACACGGCGCCGAGGGCAGAACUGCAGCGUCAGUGAGGGAGGCCGCCUUCCUCGCGACACUGUCGUCCGCCCCGACGCCCGCACCUGGAGGCAGGCGCCACUCCGUUGUCACGAUCUCGCGAGCACCAGUCACCCCCAACUUGUUCGGCCGGGGACGCCGAGAGUCCAUCGCGGCGUUCCCGGUGCUCGCGAACCGACGCGACUCAACCUCGUCCGUUCCCCGGCCGCCCAGCGCUUCUGGCAGCACCAGCGGCAGUAACUUUAAUCUGCAGCUUGAUAUCAUGGACGACAUCGCGGAGAUCAAGGCAGCCAGGAAGGUUCGUCUCAAGAUGUGGAAGACUCCUAGUCGAGAGAGAGUCUGCGAGGUCCAGCCUUUGGACGGCACUGCGGGUACGUCUGCCUCUGCGACGAGAUAUCACCAGGUAUCCCCAGGACCUUCCUCCAAAGCUGAUACCGUCGCAACGACUCCCAUAUCGCGUCGUUACUCGGACUUCGUCCCAACGCAACCGGUACAGCAUCCAAAACGAAGAGCUUCUGAUCAAGUCCCUCUUUCCGCAUCUGCAUCCUCAGCAGCGCCUCCGAAACCAUCUUCAUCCACGGGUAUCGUCUGCUCCAACACAGAUCUUAUGUCGAUCCUUUCUUCUCUAGCUUCCUCGGCACAAGAGAUCAGCAAAGAUCCCGAAGAGGAAACUGCACCCAGAGUGCCAGCAUCCGGCAAAGGCAAAGAGUCAAUGAAGGAGGUACAGAGAAACAGCAGCAGCAGCAUCUCCGCAACAGCAUCUGCAGACCAGAAAAGAAGUCGCCUGAAGAACCUGCGAUCUAACAGCUUCGAUGUGUCCAUGCUGCUUGGUACAGGAGUCAAGUUGAAACAGGACACUGGGAGAUGCAGCAUUGCAGGACCGACGAGCUGGUUUGUCAAACGACACCAGCCGAAGAAAUCGGAUCCACCCAAGGGACAGUCAUCCGUCGUAGUCAGUCUGUCACAACACAAACCAAAUGUAAGCGUUGUGCAGAGUUCAGACAACUCCUCGAAGCCCCCUUCCGAAUCAGAGCAACUUAAGACGUCGCCGUCAAAGAGUUCAUCGCCUCCAGAUCACAAAGUUGUCUGGGAUGGGAAGAGUGGCUCCGUCGUGGACGCCCAAGUUCUUGGCAGCGCCAUUGAAGUUUUCCUGGCCAGACGAGGAAGUGGGAACGACAGUUCGGGCGGUACUUCGCCUCAGAAUUCUAAGCAGUCUCCCACCAAAAACAGCGGCAAGGCUGUAACUGGAUCUGCAGGACCGGAGACGUCGUCUUGGUUUUCUGGAAACAAAGAUGUUGAGGACGAAGCGGGUGCCUCAGAUACGUGCGACACGUCUCUCUGCUCCACACUCAAGGACUUGUUUGUAAAAUAAUGACCCGCUGUCUGGAAUUUCUGCCAGCUCGACGAGCAUGUUAUUACUUCUGUCUUGUAAAGUAAUUUAAUGUCGUCGAAUCUAGCACAUAGGAAAGACGAGCGUUAGACCUAGUGAGAUUCUCCUGUCGGUGGAUAUUUGUUGUCUCAUUAUAUAAACGUAAAGACUUGUAAAAAAUGACGUUUAUUUGUUAAAAAUAUAAGGUGAGUCGUAGCUGAUCUCCCGAGGUAUUCGAAAUAUACGUGGAAGUGUGAAGAAACACAGCGACAAAACUUGUAGUAAGGAAUGAAAUGAAUGUAUCAGCUUCAUCGAGACACUUUAAACCAGAUUUUUUCGUUGUCCCCCCCCCC